CCAAAUCAAUUGAAUAAAAACAAAAGAACAAACAAAGACCAACUGCUGUCCAAACUGUUGUGAAUAGUCAUCAGUAUUAUUUGACAGCUAAUGUCAGUUUACUUACUAGCUCACUAGGCUGCAUGAAAAUGGAGAUUAAUACCGAUGAGGAAAUCCAUGCUACAUCAAGCUGGAGUGAUUUCACAAAAAAAACUUGGAAUUGCCUUGUGAAGAAUACAUUUCUUGUUAAAAUUCAAGGAGCUGUUCUCCUGGGCGUUGCCCUGGGCUGGACUCUCAAGUCCUAUGGCCUGGUGGACAGCGACAUCCAGCUCUACGUCGGCUUUCCGGGAGUAGUACUCAUGCGGAUGCUUAAGGUCCUUACCGUUCCUCUCAUCGUUACGAGUGUGAUAAUGGGUGUGUCUGGUCUAAGCGUUAAAUCUUCCAGGAAAAUCGCUCUACGCACUGCAGCGUACAUUUUGUGCACAACUAUAAUAGCUGUGAUUAUAGGGAUAACAUUGGUAGUGAUGAUCAAGCCGGGUGUUGCUCAUGCUGUUAAUCAAGAAGAAAUAGGGACAAUAGAGGAGGACACCACUAUUGAUACCCUGAUGGAUCUAGUUAGGAACAUGGUCCCACACAACCUGAUUCAGGCGUGCUUCGAACAUUUCAAGACUGAUCGGACGGAGAUUAAAAUUGAAGACUAUGAUUACAUUAAUGGUAGCGUGAUGACGAAUGAGACACACAACCGAAAGCAGGGCCACUAUGUUAGCGGAGCCAACACAAUGGGUCUGAUUGUGUGGUCUUUUGUUUUUGGCCUGGUCCUCAACAAGAUGGGAGGGAAGGGGGAAAUCCUUGUCGAGGUCUUUGCUGUUAUCAACGAGACAACAAAAACUUUGGUCAAAGUGAUUAUGAGCUACCUGCCAGUUGGCGUGAUGUUCAUGAUUGCAAGCAAUGUUUUGGAUAUUGACGAAUGGGAAACGAUCUUCAAACUGGGAAAGUUUGUUUUUACUGUUAUGACUGGACUUUUAAUCCAAGCAGUAAUAGUUUUACCACUGAUCUAUUUCCUGUUUACGAGAUGUAGCCCCAUGGCUGUAAUAAGGGGGGUUUCUCCUGCCUUAAUGACUGCACUGGCCAUCUCGUCCAGCUCUGCCACACAGCCAAUCACUUUAAGAUGUUGUGAGGAGCGACUGAAGAUCGACCAAAGAAUCACUCGCUUCAUACUGCCCAUUGGGACCAGCCUCAACAUGAACGGAUCUGCCAUUUAUGAAGUCGUCGCAGCAGUGUUCAUUGCCCAACUCAAUGGAAUGCAUUUGAACUUUGCCCAUUUACUAACCAUUGCUGUGACGGCAGCAGUAGCCAGCACAGGAGCAGCGCUCCCAGCUACAGGAGCAGUGACCACUCUUAUUGUGUUGGCGGCGGUUGGUAUACCUGCAAAGGAAGCCUCCACUCUGGUAGUUGUAGAAUGGCUCAUAGACCGCUGCAACACUGUCAUCAAUGUCAUGGGAAACUGCUACGGCGCGUCUCUCAUUUACAGAGUGUCUACACAAGAACUGGAACUCAUGACAAGGAGGGAUGCUGCUAAUCUUGAAAAUGUUCAGGUCAACGUCAGCAGCCAGGCCUCUGAUAAUGACAUUUUCCACAGUGACGUGUCCGAGAACGAGGACAUUGAACUCCAGGUCCUGCGCACCCCGUCAGAAUGUCUCUCAGCCCAAGACCGUGAUGAGGAGAAUAUGUAACGUCAACUCAAAUUCAACGGAGACAAAUAUGGGGGAUUUCAUUUGAAAAUGCAUUGAUUUAACAUAUGCACUGUAGUUAUUGAAUUGAUGUAUUAGAUGGUAGUAUUGAGUUAAACUAGAUGUGUGUAAUGGAAUUGGAAUUUAA